UUAUCUUUUAAAGCCACGAUUCCCUUUGUUCUCUCCAUCGAGGGAAAGAGAGAGAAACAACGGGAAAUCCCCAUGGCGGAACUAGAAGGUGCCAAGGUGCUGAUAUGAUUAAGCGUUAUAUUGGGUUUGAUGAAGUUUUCAUCAAAAAACCCAGGGAAUUUAAAACAUUGCCUAGGGUUUUUCUGAGAAGACAGUUUUUGGUGAGGAGGGUGAGUUUUCAUGGGUCGAAAUUUAUGAUUUAAUGAUGGGAAGUGUAAGCGAAGAGGAAGAUAAAUUUUUUGACACCCGUGAAGACAUCACCUCUGUUUCUGAUUUCGGUUCCGAUUGCCCCGAGAAUUCCGAUUCCGAGCAUGCUGCAUCCGCUAGUUCUGUGCCGGCUAACUUUGGAUUAAAAACUUUAGUAGCAUUCAUUCCCCCCUCCACCCCCCCUCCCCAAAAAAAAAAGAAAGAAAGAAAAUUUGCAUGCAUGGAUUUUGUUGCUUAAAAACAUCUGUCUCUGCUUGAUUUAGAUUGUGCAGCAGCUGUGGGCAUAUAUAAGGAAGAACAGUCUCCAAGAUCCAAGUAACGAGAAAAAUAAUAUGCGAUGAUGCAUGCUGUGUUGCGCGACUCAGAUCCUGUGGUGCUAUACUUGUUGGAAAGAGCAAUAUGCAUGAGCUUGGAGUUACACAAAGUGGGACAAAUCCUCACUACGGGGCUCCAAGAAAUCCCUAUGAUCCCAGCAGAAUCUCUGGUGGUUCUUCUAGUGGAUCUGCAGCAUUAGUAUCAGCAGGAUUAUGCCCUGCUUCCCUCGGUGUGGAUGGAGGAGGAUCUGUGAGAAUGCCUGCAUCCCUUUCUGGCGUUGUCGGGUUCAAACCGACUUUUGGAUGCAUACCACAGUCAGGUGUUCUUCCUCUUAACUGGACAGUCGGAAUGGUUGGAAUACGGAUAACCUACCAGCCAAAAGUGUAUUUUCCGUUGCUGAACUCAAAAAAUCAAAUAUCAAACAUCAAGCUUGCAAGAUAUGGAGAGUGGUUCAAUGAUUGUGACGAAGAAGUCAGAUUAUGCUGCUCUAAUGCUCUGCAAUUGCUCUGUGAGCGUUACAGUUGGAAGGUAUAAAUUAAUAACAACCCUUACCAAAUCUGUUAAAAAAGAUCGGUUUCCCAUGGUGUUAAAUUCAAGUUUGGCGUCUCCAUUUUCGAUUUACUGUCAACUAGUUUAUAUUCAAGUUAAGUCUCUCCACUUACUGUCAAUUGCUUUUAGGUUGGAUGCUUAAUAGUUUGUUA